CGUUCGUUAUAUGUUAUAUACUACGUUAUUUGUUAUUCGUUGAUGUUUGUGGGACACACGUUGAAUUUGUUUCAUCUAAAGCUUAGCAAAUGCAGCAUUUGAUUUCAAUGAACGAAGCGCCUGUGGAGCUAGUCAAUGAACUGCGAGACGUCUUCGAUAAAUAUGAUGUUAAUGGCGAUGGACUUAUGUCGUUUAACGAGCUACGUUUGAUGACGCGUGCCGUGGGCAUUGAGCCAACCGAAGCGGAACUCCAUGAUCUCAUUCGAACUGUGGAUUUGGAUCAGAACUGUGUGAUCACCUUCAGUGAGUUUCUUACGUUCAUUGUGCCACGUGUGCUGGACAUCGAGAGCGAAGAGAAUCUGCUGCAAGCGUUUCAGAUGUUCAAUCGCACUGGCUAUGGAUUCUUUGAUGCUCACGAUCUGCGCAUUGUGAUGGCCAAUUUUGGUGAGCAUCUCAGCAAGGAGGAGAGCAUUCUACUGCUAUCUGAUAUGGAUACCAAAAAUUGGCAACACAUUAACCUUGAACAAUUUCUAAACUAUUUAAAGCCACCCGUCAGAUCCACAGAAUUUCACUAGUCACAAAAAUGGGGUGAACUAAAAUUUCAAUGGUGCAAUAAAAAUUGAGAUUUGCUGCAUGCAAA